AUGGAGCCAAUCUUCUCCAUGUUCGAGUCUCUCGUGCUCCUUUUUGCAAGUCCUACCAAAUGGGAAUUCACUGAAGAAAUUUUCGAGGACGAGGAACUGCUAGAACUACCACGGGAAAUCUCCAGUGCGGUCGCGUUGUCACCUGCGAGACAGCGUGAAGUUUUCCACAGUAGCGUCUGCAACACACCAACUCAUAAUCCUCAACUUUACGUCUCAGAUACGUAUAUGGAGCCCAGUCCAUUUUCACGCUUCCCACGCAGUGAGCGACCGUUUGGGACAUUCGGGGAGCAGCCACCUAGUCACCCAGCACCGACUGCCUGGACUGAUUUUGGAAGCUUUCGAAUGUCACAAGCUUCAGGCGCCGGCCGCGUGAUGCCCGCUCAUACGCCUCAUGUAAACCAUGACGUACAGAGCCUCCCACGAUCAGCCCCAGCCUCAGCGCUUGCUUUGACUCAGCCUGAUAUGCCAACUCUCCGAUCUCGAAAUGAGUUGCUCAUAACCGGUGUCAUGCCCGUUCCCCCUAUGCCUGACUCGAACUGUUCCAUCUGCACUGAGCCGCUCGCUUCUGACGUCGUCAAGAUGGUAGCAUGUGGCCAUGCACAUCAUUGCGUCCGUGUUCUAUCGUGGUUCCUGGGAAGCGGGCAUAGUAAUCGACGGUGUUGCAACUGUAGAGAGCCUCUAAAUGACGCCGAUCCAGCACCAUUUCGCCCAGCGUUCCGUACUACAGAAGCAGAACCCGACCAAUGGCCCCUGAUACGUAUGGGGGAAGACUGGAGUACAACUGCUGGCUCUACGCCCCGGCCAGCAUACCCAAGUCGUCUUUCUAUCCAUCCACGAAGAAGGGAUAAUGGCGUGGAUCCUCUGCAAAAUCCGUUCGUAUUUCGCCCGAAUCGAUUGCGCAGCUUUGGCGGCCCGCCAGAGAUCUACAACCCGACACUCUCCGCUGGCCAAUUUAGUGGCCCGCAUCUAUCCAACAUGCAUUUCCCUCGACCCGCUCACGAAAUGAACGUUGAAGAGAGUCAAAAUAGCGAUGCUCAGACUCCGUCGAUACUUACACGUCGGCCACCACGCGGACCACCGAUGAAUGUACGAGGCCCUCCGACACGCAACCUCACUCCUCUUGAAAUGUCGAUAAGCAGGCUCAAUCCUCUUGAGACGUCAAACUCUCUUUCACGGGCUCCGCGGCUCAGCGUGGAAGACAACGAUACCUCACGUCGUAGUGGUGGUCGCCCACGGGCUAUCCAUCCUUUGGAAGGUUUCCGAUCCUCCAUCGAAGAGCUUUCGAGGACAUCUAUGUUUCGCGCAGCAGCGCCAGUUGCACCAGGAAGGCGUCUACGAAUGUCAUAUAGCCGGCCUGCACCACCACGCACUAUUCUUUGUGCACCUACCCCUGUUUAUACUUCGGAGUUUUAUGAACUCCACCUCUCCGAGUGGCCUUGA